CCACGCAGAGGUCUUUUUUCACAUUGGAAUUGUACACUGUGCUGUAGAAUAAAACCUAAACAUGGCCAAGGUGAUCACAAUGCUUCAAACCCUCAGAAAUCAUUGGAAAAAGACUACAUUUGGAACCUGCCUGCUUACCUGGGGAGGAAACUGGCUUUAUGGAAAACACUGUGAUAACCUGCUAAGGAGAGCUGCAUGCCAAGAAGCCCAGGUAUUGGGCAACCAAACUAUUCCUUCCAAUAUGCAGAUAAAGAAAGCAACAGUAUUUCUCAACCCUGCAGCUUGUAAAGGCAAAGCCAGGAAUCUUUUUGAAAAGAAUGCAGCCCCAAUUCUCCACUUGUCUGGUUUGGAUGUGACUGUGGUGAAGACAGAUUAUGAAGGACAAGCAAAGAAGUUGCUGGAGCUGAUGGAAAACACCGAUAUGAUAAUCGUUGCAGGUGGCGACGGAACAGUGCAAGAGGUUAUAACUGGGCUCCUCCGAAGGGCAGAUGAGACAGCUUUCAGUAAAAUUCCUAUUGGAUUCAUUCCUCUUGGAAAGACCAGCACUUUAAGUCAUACACUUUACCCUGAGAAUGAUAACCAAGUCCAAUGUAUCACUGAUGCCACAUUGUCCAUACUGAGAGGAGAGACAGUUCAACUUGAUGUAUUACAGAUCAAGGGGAACAAAGAGCAGCCAGUGUUUGCUGUAAAUGGCUUACGGUGGGGGUCUUACAGAGAUGCAGGAGCAAAAGUCAGCAAAUACUGGUAUCUUGGACCUCUGAAAAUCCAGGCAGCCCAUUUUUUUAACACAUUAAAGGAGUGGCCUCAGAAACAUCUAGCCUCCCUUACCUAUUUGGGCCCAAUUCCAAGGCCUCCUGAGGAGCCAGAGCAGAAGACAUCUAGACCUUCUUUAUAUAUUAGGCUUUACAAGAGGCUUGCAUAUUAUUGGACACCCACUCCCAAAGAAAUCCCAAAGGAGGUAGCUCCAGAGACCUGGCAUGAAAUCCCACUGUCUGCCCUUGAAUUCUCUGUCACUACUCAGAACAGGCAUCUUGACCCGAAACGUGAAGAAGACUUCAUGAAUAUUUGUAUUGAACCAGAUGCAAUCACUAGGGGAGACUAUGUAAAAAGAGGAAGCCAAAAGAUGCAAGACCCCCACUUGUGUCCUGAAGGAAGUCAAUGUCUUCAGGCUAGCAAGUGCAUUUUGCAGCUUCCAGAGGAUACAGAAGGCUCUUUGGCUAUAGACAAUGAGGAGUAUGAAGCAAUGACAGUGGAAGUGAAGCUGUUGCCCAGGAAACUCCUUUUCUUCUGUGAUGCCAGAAAAAAAGUAGAAACGCUUCAAGGUGUAUUGUAAUCAAAGCAGCUGUGAGCUGUGCAUCUCAAAAACAGUUACUUUACAUCCUGGCUAUUAUUCCAGAAUUAUUUCAAAUGAACUGCAGCCAAUACAGAUGCCAAAGGAGAUACAUCUAAAAGAUCUCUGAAAUAAAGAGUUGAGUUGGAUAAUUGCCUGAACUGUUUAAUGAACUGCAUCUGAAGACUACACAUCUUUCCUUCAGUUAUAAUGAAAGCCUUUGUUUUCCAAACUAUGCAAGGCUGAAAUUGAGCUGCAGAAGUAUUGAGUUCCUUAUUGAGGAAGAAGGGCUAAGGUGGAAACAGUCCUUCGUUUUUCUUUUGGGUACAGUUAUUUCACCAAGGAAUGAUUUCCCAAAUGCCUCUGUGGCAGGUGUUUUCUAGUUAAACACUUUUGGACAUAAACAUGUUUGUAUGCCUGCAUAUGUAUUUCAAGUUAUUGAACAUGUUCCUACUUUCUCUCAUUUUGCUUCCCUUCCUGUUUAAGUAGUUAAGGGGUGGAUAUCCCAUCAGCUUCAUGCACCUGUUCUUAGAAAAGUGAUGAAAAUUAAGAGAUGUCUCUAGGAAAAGUAUUUAAAAUGUAAUCACUUAAAUUGUGAUCAGUGAACCAUCAGACCAGAGCCCAGCUGCUUGACUGGCAGCCUUUCUCUGGUAUUGAGCACACGUUAUUCUACUCUUCUUCUCCAAGAGGAGGAGAUGAUGAUGAUGAAGAAAAAAGGAUCAAAUCUGGAAAUUUUCGUAUCGUAUGCAAAAGACCCAUCAUCUCUGCUCCCAUCAAGCUUCUAACACCUAGCAUUUGACAAAGGAGAUCUCUCGAGGCAUACAAGCCACCUGAAUGUGGAAAAAUUCUGGAGUUUUGUUUGCACUGAGAACAAAAUGAAGCAGUUUAUUUCAUGUUUUGAAUGUUCUUACACGCCACGGUUCGUUUUUUCAAAAAAUGCCUCCAGUCAGCUAUGGGGACUCAGUGCAUUAAUCAAUAAAACAACUGGCAAUUUUCCUAUUGCCACUGGGUGAAGCUAAUUGAGAGGAGGGAAUUAUCUUCCUAUUUACCUGUUAGAGAAGUUUAUUUUCCAUUUUUAAUGGUUUGCUAUGAGGAGUUAGGGUUGUCCUGUAAUGUUGCCCCAUAUGUUGUGCGUCUGUUCUUGUUUACAUAGAAUUCCAAAUACAAAAUAAUGCACAGCAUGUGUAUAGUGUUACUUUGCUAUUCAGUUUUCAAGUUACCAAAUACUAAACAUGUUGCUUUGUUGAGCUUUAAAGACAGGGCCAAAUGUAAAAAAUUGUGUAUUGUACAAGCAUGAACAUUAAGAAGCCAUAAAUCAAUAGCUAGAGAAGUGUUAAGUUGUUCAUGAGCUGGGUUGAAAUGAAUCCAUGAUUAAAUAUUGUUUCUUUGAUGGGCUGAGGUUCUAUAGCUGGCACUCAUUAACUACUGCUUUGUCUG